UGCUAAUCUCAGAGGGAUCACCCUCAAUAUAUCUGGAUUACCCGUGUCGUCCGGCUGCCUCCUUUCUGCGGCUGUCACCCUGCAGGGCUGCGAGUAGCCAAGGGCUGUUCCGGAAUCCCUUGCACCUUGCACCUGCCAUCUCAAGGGGCUGCCGUGUCCUUGCCAUGUUCUCUCGAGAGCCUCUAUGUCUGGAAACAAGGGAGACGAGUGUCUUCACCCCCUUUUGCUGGGUCCUCCCUUUCCAGGGAGAGUUUGGGGUGGGACAUCUGACUGUUCCCCCAGUCCUCUGCCUGGCCCUUGGAGGCACCCUCAACACUGUCCAGGAAGGAGAGUGACCCGAUCAUGGCCAAACUUAGCUUUCCAGCCCUCCUCCUGUUCAACUGAGACCCUGUAUCCUGGGAGAUCAUGGAGGCAUUUCUACAAGGUCUGAGGUGUUUUGCCCCCAGGUACCCCUCUAUGUGACUGAGAUAAAGGUCCUGGACAGAACUGGAGUUAAAACAUUCCAUGCUUUCUUGAAAAGAUGAAUCCCAGUGUCCCCUGUCCUGCUCCUGUCUCACUGUUCUGACUUGGACGUUCUAUGACCCAUGCCUCCCCAAAUGCAGGCUACAAAGCCCACACUGAAGAAAUAAAAUGCAGAAAGGGGGUGACGAAAUAGCAGAGAUCCUGGGAAAGCAGCCGAAGGAGGGCCCAACAAGGAGAAGAGCCAUGGGCUCAGGAGCAUCUGCCUGCAGGGAAGAUGCCCUUGGUUUCUGCCAUCCAGAGAACUAGCAGUUCCACUCCCCGCUGUCCCCCAGAAGAAACCUUACUUAUUGCUGAGAUGUCAGGCCAAUGAAGCAACCCCAGAACCCUUAUGUCCCCAACAGAAACAUGAAUAGAAGUUACCCCAUGGGGUAAAAAAUAUGGUGUCUCAUUGUCCCCAAGAGCCUUACUUGAACAUGGCAGACCAAGCGCUCCGCUUGGUGUGGAAGAGACAUUCACUGAGCCCAUAGGUGGUGAAGCAAAUGCUCCGUCAGUCCCCAGAGGAGGGUCAUGAUUCGGCCUUGGCAGCUCCUUCAGUCCUCCUUCCCUCUCACACCAGCACACCACACCUCAGAUAGCCAUUCACACUCCCCAGACACCGCCAGCACCUAACACACACUCAGAUGUGGGGCACAUGGCUACCUCUCUCUCUCUCUCUCUCUCUCUCUCUCUCUCUCUCUCUCUCUCACACACACACACACAGAGGUAAAUUGUUCUACCUAAUACACACAAAGAGCCCCCCACCUAAAUGCAUACCCCCACCCGAGGCUGGACAGAUCCAACCCCAAGCACCAUGAACACACCUUCCCACACACCCGCGGCUUUGGAACUCUCUCCUUGGACUCCGUCCAAGGGGCCGGGCAGCUCUGAGGUCAUCUGCUGCCAUGGCUCUCCAGCUUCCCAGCUCUUCUCUUGUCUCUGCCCCCCAAGCCGCCCCUGGCCGUCUCCUUUCUUCCUUCCUUGUGCUUGAAGAGUCUCCACUUGCUGGAAAGCCCCCAGGUUUCUCCCUUUCCAUCUUCGGGAAAAUGCCCCCUUUCUGGUCCUGGCCGUGGUGUUUUCCUGAGACUGUCUUGACCUGCCAGACCCAGCCUCAAAACAGGAAGCCCGGGGCCAGGCCCUCCCAUGUGGACCUCGGGCUCAGGCAGGCAGUGGGCGUGGGGGUAAGGCUUCCUGAGCGCUGCCCCUGCCCCCGUGGCCCUGCCCAGAGCCCGAGGGCCUUCAUUAGGCCUCAGCACUUAUCUUGGAACCACAGCUGCAGACAGAGUGUCCCAGCCCUUCUCUCGGCCUGCCCUGAGCGCACAGUGCGAUGGGGAACUGCCUGCCCCGGGUGGAAUCCUCACUCGCCGAGAACAGAAGUCAGUUGUUUUUUGAAAGCUAUGCUUGGAAUUAUUCCUACGGUGAGGAAUCCUAUGAGGACAUCUACAUCCCGGACGCUGUCGCCCCCUGCCACUCCUGUAACCUGCUCGAUGACUCCUCGCUGCCCUUCUUCAUCCUGGCCAGCAUCCUGGGCAUUGUGGCUAGUGGCGCUGUCCUCUUGGCACUUUGCAGAUCUCUCUUCCACUGGCAGCUCUGCCCCAGUUGGCCGAUCCUGGCCCAGCUGGCUGUGGGAAGCGCCCUCUUCAGCAUGGCGGUGCCCAUUCUGGCCCCAGGGCUAAACAGCGCCCACAACCCUACCCUGUGCCGCCUGGGCUACUGGGUCUGGUACAGCUCAGCCUUCGCCCAGGCUCUGCUGAUAGGGUACCACGCCUGCCUGGACCCUAACCUGGGGACAGGCCACACCUGGGGCCUCACUCUCGGCCUCUCUGUGGGGCUCUGGGGAGCGGCUGCCGUAUUAGGGCUGCCAAUCACCCUGGCCACGGACACGUCCUAUGGCCUGUGCACCCUGGCGUCCAGCAGGGGCCUGGGGACUUUGCAGUCCACACACGCUGCAGUCUGCUUUGGCAUCUUUGUCUUGCUGCCCCUGGGUUUGUUGGGAGCCAAGGGGCUGCAGAAGGUGUUGUACAGGGGGCCAUGUCCCUGGAUCAGUGUCCUGUGGGUCUGGUUCGUUUUCUGGUGGCCUCACGGGGUAGCUCUGGGAUUCGACACCCUGGUGAGGUCCAAGGUCUUGCUGCUGCCAACGUGUCUGGCUCAGCAGAUCCUGGACCUGGCCCUGCACCUGGCAGAAGCCCUGGCCAUACUGCACUGUGCCGUGUCUCCCCUGCUGGUGGCCCUGUUCUGCCACAAGGCCACCCACGCCUCCUUGCCCUCCCUGCCCCUUCCUGCAAGACGGUCUUCUCAUCUGGACACUUUUGAAGGCAAAUCCUCCCUCCCUUCCCACCUGUCAGCCUGAAUUAAAGUUUACACGGCUUUUA